GUCAGUAAACCCGGUCAGGCGCUCUGUGGCCAGCUAAACUCAGUCAGUGUGUGACGUGUAGGACCUCCUCCUCCGACACACAGCAGCAGUAAUGGCGGAUUACGACAGCUACGACGACCGGGACCGGGCCUACGGUAGCUUUGGCGGCAGAACGUCUCGUGGAGGCAGUGGCGGCGGCGGCGGUGGUGGUGGCGCAGGAGGCCCCCGGAGGCAGAAAGAGUUGCCGACAGAGCCCCCCUUCACGGCGUACGUGGGAAACCUGCCGUUCAACACGGUGCAGGGAGACAUCGACAUCAUCUUCAAAGAGCUCAACAUCCGCAGCGUCCGAUUGGUCAGAGACAAAGAGACAGACAAGUUCAAAGGUUUUUGUUAUGUGGAGUUUGAAGAUUUGGUCUCUCUAAAAGAAGCGUUGACAUACGACGGUGCUUUGCUAGAUUCAAGGUCCCUGAGGGUGGACAUCGCAGAGGGGCGGAGACAAGAGCGAGGAGGAGGGGGCGGCGGCUUCGGCUUCAGGAAAGAUGAAGGUAGAGGACGAGGAGGUUCUCGAGGAGCUCCCAGAGGAGGAGGAGGAGGACGUGAGGGCCGUGACGAGUUCGACAGCCAAGGAGGAGGUGCGGGCAGAGAGUUCGGCAGCUCAGGUUUUGACGACUUUGCAGGGGGGCGAGGACGAGGCGGUGGCAAUGGCGGUCGCCCUGGAGACAGAAGGGGGGGAGGCGGAGGUGGAGGUGGAGGUCCCGGAGCUGGUCGCUUUAGGGAGGGGGGACCCCCUCCUCGUGGAGGAGCGACAGACUUCAGGGAACCGUCUGAAGAGGAGCGCGCUCAGCGGCCUCGGCUGCAGCUGAAGCCCCGGACCGUCGCCGCACCGCUCAACCAGGUCGCCAACCCCAACUCUGCCAUCUUCGGCGGAGCGAAGCCACGAGAGGAGCAACCCUGAUUCAUUUAAAUCAGCAGCCACAUACUCCUGACCAGAGGGUGGCGCUGACACGUCGACUCGCCAACAGAAAAGAAGAAACUUAAAGGAUUUUUUUUUUUUGUUGCUGUUUUUUUGUUUUUUCAGAAUUGAAGCCGACUCCCACCCGGAAAAGUUUUGUAAGAUAGAUUAUGACCAUGAAGUUAUUGUCAGUUUGUGCUUUAAACUAUGAUUUCUACAUUCAUUGAUUUCCCGCUCUUGAACCUGCGGAGGGCGUGCACCUGGCCCAGGUGAGCUCUCAGUGUGGAUCAGAUGAGCAGCGUUUCAACCUUCAGUCGGUGGUUUUCGGUCGCGUCGCUUUCAGAACGUGUUUGUCACUGAUGAACACUUUGAAUCGCUUCACUGUACUAUAGAAUAAAAAACGGCUGUUUUAACUUUUUUUGUUGUUAAUUUUUUCCUACACUGUUUAUGGCAAUAAAACUAUCAUCAUCAUA